AUAUCGAAGCCAACAGCCCGACUCAGCGAGCCCUAAUUUUGAUUUCCGUGAAACCUCGUUGUCGUUCCACUGCAACGACUGAGCCCUUUCGUCUCCGCCAAUUUCCCCAUGACGAGGAUGGAUUUCGAAGUCGUCGUUCUCGCCGGCGGUGCCUCUAGCAAUCUCUCUCCUCUUGUUUCUCAGGAGUUGCCCAAGGCUUUGCUUCCCGUCGCCAACCGUCCCGUCUUGUCUUAUGUCCUCGAGCUUCUCGAAGGAAGCAACCUCAAAGAUCUCAUUGUGGUGGUUGAGGGAGAAGAUGCAGCACAACUUGUUGGUGGCUGGAUAUCAGGAGCUUAUGCAGACCGUCUUCAUGUUGAGGUAGCUGCUGUUCCUGAGGGUGUUGGAACUGCAGGAGCUUUGCGAUCUAUAUCUUCUUACCUUACUGCCAAUGAUGUUCUGAUUGUAAGUGGUGAUCUUGUUACUGAUGUGCCUCCUGGGGCUAUUGCUGCAACUCAUCGAAGGCAUGGUGCAGUAGUAACAACUUUGUUGUGCUCUUCUCCUGUAAGUGGUCCGUCUGAUAGUGGGACUUCUGGAGGAAAAGAGAAAGCCAAAAAACCAGUCCGUCACAAUAUCAUUGGGUUGGAUCCUACAAGACAAUACUUAUUACACAUGGCAACAGGAGCUGAGGUGGAAAAGGAUAUUCGACUUCAAAAGAGAAUUCUUCAGGCAGUGGGACAGAUGGAAAUUCGAGCUGACCUCAUGGAUGCACACUUGUAUGCAUUUAAAAGGACUGUCUUGCAGGAUAUUUUGGAUCAAAAGGAUAAAUUUCAAAGCAUUAGACAAGAUAUUCUACCAUAUCUAAUAAGGACCCAAUUGAGUUCAGAAGUGUCAAGAAAUGGAUUAGUUAGUUCUGAAUCCGGGAGUAAUAAGAGUGCUGUUCAAGAUGACCUAAGAUGGUUGUCUCAACACCGAGAAAUUGCGCCAUCUACUUUUCAGGAUUCCCAACCUCUUAGCCUUAAGUCACAACGUGAUGAUCAAAGGUCCCACAAAUGCUGUGUUUAUAUUGCCAAUGAAAGCAAAUAUUGUGCUCGUUUAAACUCCAUUCAGGCAUUUAGUGACAUUAACCGUGAUGUGAUUGGAGAGGCUAGCCAUCUUUCUGGAUAUUCUUUCUCUGCACAAAACAACAUCAUUCAUCCCUCUGCUGAGCUUGGAUCCAAAACUACAGUUGGCCCACAAUGCAUGCUUGCAGAAGGCUCAAAAUUAGGCGACAAGUGUAGUGUGAAAAGAUCUGUCAUUGGGCGCCAUUGCCGAAUUGGUUCAAAUGUCAAGAUUGUCAAUUCAGUUGUGAUGAAUCAUGUCACCAUCGAUGAUGGAUGUUCCAUUCAAGGUUCUGUUAUAUGCAGUAAUGUGCAACUUCAAGAGCGUGUUGUUUUGAAGGAUUGUCAGGUUGGCGCUGGUUAUAUUGUGACUUCUGGCAGUGAACAUAAGUCUGAGUCACUUGCAAGAAAAUAGUUGCAGCAAGUAGCAAGUUUUGUGAUGCUCGGCCUAUUCUCCCUUGGACAGAGCAGAGAAAGGUGCAAAUGCAAUAGUAUCGAGCUCAGACAGUUUUCCGUUUCAGCUAUUGUCAACAACAGACAACGUGUAGUUCUUUGUUUAUUUGUGUAAUUUGGCUUUCUAAAGACAAAUUUUUCUGAUUCCUAGAAAUGAUAAUGUAUUGGUUGUUAAAUUGUUAAUUCCCGCUGAUGAUAAAAUGCAUGACCACUGUCUUUGGUUGGACUGUAGAAUUCUUUGCAUUAUGAAGUCAUUUUUUUGAUUUAUUAA